GACUCUACAUCCUCAACAGGAAACGGCGGUAGCGUCCCUGGAGAUAUUGUUUGUGUUGUAACUUUCUCAUUUUGUUUUUCCGUUUGGAUCUAUUAUGCGUGUCUUAAUUACCUGAAAAGCUACUCGGCUCUGCCAGAAGCGCUAAUGAGAUAUUAUUUGAAUUUUGGAAGGAAACAUGACUGCAGCUGCCCUCAUUGGAGACCAGCUGAUCCUCGAGGAAGACUACGAUGAGAACUACAUUCCCUCUGAACAAGAGAUCCAAGAAUAUGCAAGAGAGAUCGGUAUCGACCCUGACAAUGAGCCAGAACUGCUGUGGCUGGCCAAGGAGGGUAUUGUUGCGCCGCUACCCCCAGAGUGGAAGCCCUGCCAAGAUGUGACAGGGGACAUCUACUACUUCAACUUCUCCUCGGGCCAGUCCACCUGGGAUCACCCUUGUGACGAGCACUACCGCAACCUCGUGAGCGAGGAGCGCAAGCGCGCCCAGCUCACAGGCACUGCUGGGGGCGCAGGUGCCAAGAAAGACAAGAAGAAGAAGAAAGAAAAGAAGGAGAAGAAGGAGAAGAAGAAGAAGGAGCUUCUAAAAACUCCAGCGGCACUGAGCUCUUCUUUAGGACCUUUGACAGCCCCACUUGCCAACUUGGCUCCACUGAGAGGUCUGGAUGCCCCAGGGCAAGCCCCUCACUCUGGGUCUGCUCCUCCUCUCCGGGGUUCCCUCGGCAGCUCCUGGGGGUUGGAUCCCCUCAAAACAUCCCUUCGGGGUCCUCGAAGAAGUGAGACAUCCAGCGUUUUAGGCAUAAGGCAAGAGGAGAGGGUGUCUCUGACUCUGCCUGGUUUUGAUGAUAAGGAUGAAGACAACGACGAGGAUAAAAUUUCCGAAGAUGAGAAAAGUGAUUGUGGUUCAGACAGGCUCCUGAAAAACCUCCACUUAGACCUGGAUGCCCUUGGCGGAGGUCUGCAAUAUGAGGACAGUGAAGCUAGCGGUGCAGCUCCAGGCGAUGAGAAAACAGAGCCAGAGUUGCAGGAUUUGGGUCUAUCCGGAGACCGUAGUCCUGAACCGCCCUCCCAACAGGACUCGUUGAAAGGUCGCCCCAAAGCGGGCGGCAAAAGCCAAGUCAGCGAGGAAAGAGCCGGCGCUGGUGACCCUGAAUCUGAACGCUCUGACCAGCCCAAGGAGGAAGUAGCGGAGGAGUCAAGUGAGGAGGAGGGAAGAGAAAUAGAAGAAGCUGGAAGAGGAGAGAGAGUAGAGGAGGCGGGCAGGGAGGCAACAGAGGGAGACGGAAACGAGCUGCUAGGUGGAGAGGAAGCAGACGAGGAAGACAAUGUGAGCCGAGAGCUAAGGGAGGAAGAUCCCAGCGAAAGUGAAGCGGCCAAAGAGACUAGAAAAGAAGAGGAGGUAGAGCACGAUGAGGUUGAGGAGGAGUGCUUUCUUGGUGAAGAUGUGGAACAGAGUGAAGAGAAAAGCGAGGUAUCACAAAGUACAGGGGACCGCGAUAGAAAGAAAAGCGAUGAGCAGAAGGAAGAUGACAGUGACGGAGAGGUAGAAAGAUUUGUAGAAAGUCGGGGGGAUGAGAGCAGAGGCAGAGGAGGGGCAGUGGAGGGAAGUGAAUUUAGGGGGACCGAGAUGGAGAAGAAAAAAGAGGAGGAUAAUGUCAAUCAAGGGAAAUCUGAGGAUGACGUUGUGGAACAUAGCUUCGAAAGUGAUGGAGGGAGUGAGGAGGAGGAGGAGGAUGAGCAACUUGUUCAAUGGUCUGAUAAAGCUACGGAACGACAGAAUGGAAGUGAGAAGGGCGAGGGAGAACUAGGCAUCAGAAGAUGGCCGGACGCGGACGAGGGUGUUAAAAGCGAUGAAAUCCUGGAGAGAUGCUCCAUCAGUCACAGGAUGCCGACGGAGAGUCAGGAGGAGGUGCUCGAGAGAUUUGUGCAGAGUGGAGGAGAAGAAACCUUGAAAGAGGGAUUGGAGAUAGAGAAUGACUCGGAUGGCCAGGAUCUGGAGGGAGCGUCGGAGGGCGAGGACGAAGUCGUGGAGGUUUUUGAAACAACGCCUUCUAGAGUCCCGCCCGACGAGCCGAUCGAGCAGAAGCUCGAAUGCCAAAAGAGUGAAAGUCUUUCCCUUUCUGCAAAGGAGUCCGAAGCCAGUAUAAAGAUAGAGCAGGCCCAUUCUUCUGUAGAUGGCAAGCUGUCGCAGAAGGUUUUAGACAUUGACGACCUGUCGGGGACUGUCAGUCCUCUGGAGAAAGACAACAUAGAGGGAACGGAGGAAGAAAAGGAAGAGGAGAGGAAUGACGGUGGUGCAAAGGCGAAUGAGAGACUGUUGGUGGCUAAAGAUGAAGACAGUCCUCCUCUACAUACGGUUGACCGGCUUGUCCUCCACCAGUCCAGCCCGUCGCCCUCCCCCUCUAUCUCAUCCCUCUCUGAACAAAGAGCAGUGUCCAAAAAUCAUCAGAAAGCUCAAAACCUUGAGAUAUCCCUUGGUAUCCAGAGGCCUGAGACCUCCAGGGGUCGGCUGCUCCGGACUCUGGACGCUCACCUCGAAGACACGGAGCAGGCCUUAACAAAAACGGAAUUCCUUCUAGAGGAAGGGCCGAACUGGAGAAUCCGGAAAGAGAAGGAAGAAGAAGAGGUUGUAUGGAGGACAGAGGGAGGGGACGGGAGAGGCAGGCAAAGAGUGGCGAAGGAGGAAUGGGGAAAGAUGGAGGCCGAACAAGAGCUCGAGGAGGAGAGGGAGCGUAUGACGAAAGAAAAGGAGAAGAGGCUGCGUCUCCUGCAGGAGGAGCUGAGAAGAGACGAGGAGGAAGAGGAAAAAAAGCUGAGGCAGGAAAGUGAGGAAAGACUUAGGGUUCUAAAGGAGCAUCUCCUGUCUCAGAGGAAAGAGGAGGAGGCAAGGCUGAGCGAGGAGUCCAAUGGAGCGCUGAAGGGACUCAGAGAGUCUGUCAAGAGGGAAACGGAGGAGCAGCAAUACAAGCUUAGGGAGGAGAGUGAGGUUAUGCUGAAGGAGUUCCGCCUCAGUCUGGAGGAGGAACAGGCAGCCACACGGGACAGAUUGGAGGCCCAAAAGAAGCAGGAUAUUGAACGCCUGAAGGCACAAUUGGAGGAAGAGCUCCAAGUCGAGAAGAGGAGACUCGAGAGGGAGACAGAGGAGAAACUGAGCUCUGUGAAACAGGAGGUCAAGAGCACAGAGAGGAGGAGGGAGUUGAUUAUGAGCCCACGGCCUGAACAGCAGCUGGCAGAGUACCACAGAGAGCUGACCGAGGUGCUGCAAGAGGUGCGAGACGAAGUGCAGCGCGACCACGAGAGGAAGCUGGAGGAGAUGAGGGACGAGCACAGGAGGGAAAUAAACGGCAUCAGAGAGAAACACCUCGAUGCGGAGACGGCGAUGAGAGGACGCCUGCUGUCCACGCUUCAAGAGGAGCGAACAUGUCUCCAGGCCUCACACGCUGUCCAGCUAGAGAAACUCCGCUUGCAGCUCGACGCACAGAACCAGAAGACCCAGCUGGCAUUCUCGCGAAAGCAGUCGGAACUCAAUACUCUAUCGGAUGAGCUGGAGCUUAGAAUGAAAGAGCUAAAGAAUCAGGAGGCCAUGCUACAAGCCAAGGCUGCAGAUCUGAAGAGGAAGAGAAAGAAGCUCGGCGAAGAAGAGGAAGAAGUAGACAGACAGAUAGAGACUUUACCUCGACUCACCCAAGACAGAGACCGCCUAAAAGAGGAGCUGCAGAGGACCAGAGAGGAGACGAUUCGAGCCAGAGAACUCAUCCACAGAGCCAGGGAGGAGAGGAACGAGGCCAAGGAGAAGGAAGGGAGACUGAGGGAGGAGAGAGACCAAGCCAGGGAGGAAAGCAGGAGAGCCAAGGAGGACAAGGAGCGACUGGAGAGCAAGGUGGUGCUACUGCAGGAGAGAUGCAGCCGUCUGAGCCACAAAGCCAGUGAGUCGGAACGAGCUGAAGGAGGGAGAGCGUCUCCUAAAACAGAGCUGCACAAAAAGAAGACAGAAAAAGCAACAGUGCCCUCAGGUGACGGGAUCGACUCAUCGCUUCACAUGGAUGACCUGGAUGACCCACCGACCAACUCCCCAGUACCCGACAGCCAGAGCAGCAUGGACGAGUUCCGGCGGUACAUCUCCUCACACGGCGCGUCCAUCCAGAAAACCAAGCUCUUCCUGGAGAGGGAGAGCAGCCGGCUGACGCAGAGGCAGGCCACCCUGCAGGCGGCCCAGAGCAGCUCGUCUCAGGCAGCAGAGACGAUGACGACCAUUCAGCAGGAGGCCAGAGACGUGGCAGAGCUGCAGAGGACGGUCCAGAGAGGAAACUCCCUGCUGAGGAGGAAAGAGGAGCAGCUUCAGCAGCUCCAGAGCUCACUGGCUGACGAGCCGCUAUUUGGGGAUUUCUCCCAGCUAGCUGGAGGAAGGAAGGUGACCUUUGAUGUGACGGAGUCUGACCUGAGCAGCACAGUGGAGCCAGCGGACGGGACGGGAGCUCACCCCACCGUUCCAGCCAAAGUCCAGGAACUGGCCGACUCCCUGCAGCAGAUCUCGGGCCAGCUCAACAGCGUCCUGGGCGCGCUGGGCUCACUGGCCCAGUCGCAGAGUGCCACGCCCUACACGCCCCAGUCGCAGAGUGCCACGCCCUACACGCCUUACACGGCCUUCCCUCCGCCUCGGUCUCCCAUGUCUGCCCCUUUCAUUCCCCAGACGCACGGCUCCUCCGAGCCCCUGUGGAGCGGGGCCCUUCAGAGCAGCUCUGCCGGCGCCCCCCUCUUCAGCACCCCCAUCAGCAGCGGCCUCCGAACCUCAGAGGACCUCAUUAACAGCAGAUGGAGCCAAAUAUUCCCCGGAGCAGCUACAGACCAUUCCAGCAAUGCAAGAACCGCCACGGUUUACCCGCCCUACGCCCCAGUCAGUGAGCUUGCCCGAAGCCUGCGCUCCACGCAGAGGUCAGCGGAAACGGACGGCCAGAGACUGCAGGGGCUGAUCGACGGCAACAAGAAGUGGCUGGAGAUGCGGAAGAAAGACACGAGCAUACCCCUGUUUACACGAUAUCAGGCUCCUUCCACCAAGAGCAGCCUUGUCCAGCUGGGCCUGGAUGAUAACAACCAGAUUAGGGUCUAUCAUUACUGA